GCCUUCCUCCCUUGUUUCUUACUUGCUUGUUUGCAUGUUUGUGUAGUUUGCUCUGCAACUCUCUCAAAAUGCUUGUUCCUCAAGCGGUUUGGUUGACAAACAUAACUUCAUCAACACCACCACCACCAACCACCACCAUGACGAGGUUGUCGUGUGUGCUUGCCAUCGUUGCGGCAGUAGCCGUCCUUGCGCCCUCCGUCGCCCUGGCGCAGAACCAGUACACGUGCUCCAACACCCUGGUGUCCGUGGGUGAACUCAGCUCCUGCGGCAACUUCGCCUACCACCCCUCAGAGCAUGUUUGCUGCAACGGCGUGCUGAACGAGCGCACGGGCGGAAACAACCAAUGCUGCGGUACCGAGUGGGGCCUUGUCAGCCGCUGCUGCAACGGCGUGCUCACUGACCCAACAAACGGGACCGCCUGCUGCAACGGCAACAUCUACAACCCAGACUUCUUCGUGUGCUGUGAGGACGGCAGCGUGCUCCCCACCACCUUCUCCAGCUUCACCUUCCCGGCCUGCUGCUAUGAUGCCUCCAGCAAAACGACGUCCCUGUACGACGCUGCCACGUCCACCUGCUGCGGUGGCACCGUGCGCGAUCAAGUUUCCGCCCCUGACCAGGCCAUCUGCUGCAUUGACGGGCAGUACGAGGAGUUCAAUGCGCUGGUGGAGAACCGCGCCUGUUGUGAGACGCGCAGCCGCUCCGAAAUCUUCGACGCCAACACGCACCGCUGUUGUGAAGACGGCCCCGUUGUCCUCCCAGACACCAUCAACACCUACCAGUGCUGCGGGGCUGAGCUCUACGACGUGGACGAGCAGGACUGCUGCGACGGCGUCUUGUACGACAAGCAGGACGACUACAUGUGCUGCGGAACGCAAUACAGCGACGUCUCCGCCCUGGACUUCCCCACCUGCUGUGGCUCCACUUUGUAUGACGCCGGUGUCGGUGCCCUUCGCUGCUGCGCCGAGGGCGUCUACAACUUGAACGACGACACCUGUGUCCAGCAAGAGUGCCGUCGCUGCGGCGAGCGCGAGUUCUGUGCCGCCUCCACUUCCUCCGCCACUGGCCCACUGGCCACCGUUCUUGCUGUGGCAGCUGCCCUCAUCCUGGCCCUCACCGUCUAA